AUGGACCAUAAAGGCAAAGCGUUUGGAGAACAUCAAUGGAGGUUUAAUCCGGCGUUUAAACCGCCAGAAACGCCUUUGGAUUCGAUGGAGUUCUUGUCACGCACGUGGAGCGCUUCCGCAACGGAAGUUUCCAGAGCCGUCGUCGCAUCUCCGACUUCUCAACCUCCGCAGAUGCGUUUCUCAGAGAUCCAGAGCGCUUCUGACGUCACUUUGGUACCGGAAGAUGAAGAGAACGGCGUCGUUUCUGGAAACACUUUCUCUUUCGCUUCGUCGGAAACUUCUUUAAUGGUCAUGGAACGUAUCAUGGCUCAGUCUCCGGAGAUUUCAUCACCACGGACCUCAGGGAGACUUUCACAUAGCUCUUUCACCGACAGUCCUCCGAUCUCUCCCUCCGACAUUGACGACUUUAAGCAAUUCUACCGUGUAAGCCCGUCAUUUAGUGGGCACGUACGUGGUCCAUCCGCCGUCCCCGGAGGAUCUAAAACUGUCGGCCGCUGGCUGAAGGACCGGAAGGAGAAGAAAAGAGAGGAGACACGUGCUCAAAACGCACAGCUGCACGCGGCUGUAUCUGUAGCUGGCGUCGCCGCAGCUGUGGCUGCCAUCGCUGUAGCCACCGCUUCUCAGUCGAGUUCUGGAAAUGACGAGCAAGUGGCCAAAACUGAUUCAGCUGUUGCUUCAGCCGCAACUUUGGUGGCGGCACAGUGUGUGGAAGCUGCAGAGAUUAUGGGAGCCGAUCGUGAGCACUUAGCCUCUGUUGUCAGUUCUGCGGUUAAUGUACGUUCCGCCGGAGAUAUCAUGACGUUGACUGCAGCUGCAGCCACAGCGUUGAGAGGAGCUGCAACGUUGAAGGCAAGGGCAUUGAAGGAGGUAUGGAACAUUGCAGCUGUGAUUCCGGUGGAUAAAGGAAUACCAAAAGGCGGUGUAGGCGGCGGUGGUGGUUACCGAGGCGAUUUAACUCCCGAAGAUAAUUUUCUUGGGAUUUGUAGUAGAGAAUUGCUAGCUAAAGGUUGUGAAUUGCUUAAACGCACACGCAAAGGCGAUCUUCACUGGAAAGUUGUUUCGGUAUACAUAAAUAGAACAAAACAGGUAACGUUGAAGACGAAGAGCAAACAUGUUGCUGGGACCUAUACAAAGAAGAAAAAGGAUGUGGUGGUGGAGUUGGUCAAGGGAUUGCCGGCGUGGCCUGGCCGCGAAUUGCUCGAAGGCGGAGAGAAUUUGAGGUAUUUUGGGCUAAAGACGCCGGAAAAAAGAGUGAUCGAAUUUGAGUGCAAAAGCCAAAGGGAAUAUGAUCUUUGGACACAAGGUGUUUCCAUGCUUCUUUCCAUUGCUUCUGAUAGGAGACACAAAUGA